GUAGAUCAAAGUAAAAGCGUACGAGUCCCAUUACCAACCACCUACGAAACGUGCAUUGCACGUUUUUUGGCUUCUUGGCAACCAUCCAUCUACGAAACACAGAAAGCGUUCCUUGACUUCUUGGUAACCGUUCACCUACGAAACACAGAAAGCGUUCCUUGGCUUCUCGGUAACCGUUCACCUACGAAACACAGAAGCGUUCCUUGGCUUCUCGGUAGAUCUAGGUCUACAGAAACAGCAUUUCUUUGA